AUGAAGGGUCAAAACACUCGCCAGAACAAAACUGGUGGCGCAGGCCCCAAUCAAAACACUUCUUCUCCUGGUGCCUUCCAAAAUGGUCAUCGUCGCUCCAAUUCCCGCUACAAUGGCAAUUCUAGGGAUUCACACAGUCAACUGUCCCUGCAGAAUGAUCACAAUGCUGCAAACAACAGAUUGAUGGAUGUUCUUGCGAAGUCUUUGGGUAAAACCACUAUUGCAACAGUAUCCUCAGGCGCUCGUUACCAGGGAUUGUUGCAGGUGGCUGACGUUGACCCCCUGAGCUCAAAUGCUCUUUCGGUCGCCUUGUUCAAGCCAACAUUGGUUUCUAAAGCUGUGCUCGAUGAAAAAUCAAACGCUGACGCUUCCUUACCAGAAAAGUUGAUUAUCCAAGCUAAGGAUUUGAUCGAUAUUGAAGUCAAUACCGCUCCCAGGGCCGAUACCGCCGCGCCUUCUAAGGAGGAGGAUUCUGAGAAACCCACUGAGAAACCCGCUGAGAAGUCCACGGAGAAGGUUCCCGAGAAGCCAAAUGUGCCAGAGCCAGCCAAGAAGUCUGACACUCAGGCCAAGAAGCCAAAGGAUCUGAUCGCUCCUUCUCCCCAAGCUGCACAAGAGCCAAAGCCAGCAUCUCCAUCUGUUCCUCAGUCCUCAACUCCUCCGCAGCCAGAGGUUUACAAGCCCCCAAAGAGAUCAGAGUUUCGCACAGAUAAGGACAUCUCUUCUUCGUUUCAAGUGAGGGAGAGAGAGUUGCAACGCUGGACUCCUGACGAUGAUUCUCUCGCAGUGUCAUUGGAGGAUACCACUAGCAGUACUGGUGUUUGGGAUCAGUUCAAGGUCAAUGAAGAGAAGUUUGGCGUUGAGUCUACCUAUGACGAGCAUUUGUACACCACCAAGAUCAACAAAAGCUCGAAGGACUACAAUGAGAGAUUGGAGCGUGCUCAGCGGCUCGCAAAAGAAAUUGAGGGACAGUCCACAACGGACAAGCACGUUCUUGAGGAAAGAGGAGUUCUUGUUGAUGACAGUGGAUUGGAUGAGGAGGACAAGUAUUCUGGUGUGCAAAGAGAGCAAGCGGACACUAGGGGUAAUGAACUCAUGGCCGCCUUGAGAAACAGCAUGAACGCAAGCCCUUCGUCGCAGGAGCUUGCGACUAAAUCGAGUGCCUCUGGGCAACGCGGUGCACACUAUCAUAAUGAUCCUGCCAUUGUAUCGAGUUCUGGAGCCCGCAAACCCACUCAAGAGAAGGCUGAUGUAUCUGGGACCGCGCCAGAGAGUGAGGUUCCCUCCAAGCCAACUUCUAUACCACCCAAACCACCUAUGCCAACAAACGAGCUGUUCCGCUUGAACGCUCAAAGCGAAAUCAACGCUUUGCGUGAAUUCAGUGCUAACUUCAAGGUUCCCCAUAAGAUGCCAAACGAUCUUUUGCCUAUACUAGCAAAGGACAAGAUGAAGCAGGAUGAAAUCCUCAAGCGCCAGGAUUCACCAAAGAAGAGUCAUGCAGAGCCAAGGAAGGAGGGCAAUCGCUUCAAGUUGAAUCCUAAGGCGGCAGCAUUCACUCCGUCUUUCACUCCUGCGGCUCAGAAGCUGUCAAAUGCUUCCCCAAACCCUCCAAAAGCAUACUUUGGCUCUCCCCAGAAUCCAUCUCCUCGCAUUCAUAACCAGAGGACUCACAACAGCAAUCCUUCCAGUAGUGGUAAAAGACACCAUAAGGUUUCCGCUGUCGAAUUCUUUGGAAGUCAAGAUAAAGUUCCUACUGAGAAAAGUCAAAAAGAUAAAGUCGAGAAGUUCAAGAAGAUGUUCAACUUGUUCAACACGGCACAGAGAAACCACGAAGAUAAGUCCACGCCUAUUGUUUUUGAAAAAGCGUUCCAGACGCCUCCAACAUGGGACUCGACGAUAGAAGAGAACUACAAAGAGUACAUCAAGAAGCAAGCUGCACCUGAAGGAAAGUCUCCUGCUAUGCUAGUACCUCCCGUCGGAAUGCCGUUCAUGGCAUCGCCAAUGAUGGGAAUGCCAAAUGCAAGUCCUCAAAUGGCACCCCAUGCAUUCCCUGGAACGCCCAAUCCAAAAUUCCCAGUAUCACCUAUGCAAGGUCAGCAUCCUAACAUGGCUGCUCAAUUCCAGCAGCAACAGAUGGCAAUGAUGUAUCAAAUGCAAGGUGGUGUCCCUCCUGGUCAGAUGAUGUAUCCACCUCCCGAUCCUCAAUUCAUGGCCCCUGGAGGCUUCAUGAUGCCGGGGUUUGUUGGUUCUCAUAGUCCUGUCGGUGAAAAUGUCAUGAUGGGUAGCGGCAGUCCCUACGCCGGCAAUGUUGCAAUGCAAGGACAUCAAGGCAACUUCAAUAGUCAUCAAGGUGGAAGAAGAUACAACAACAAUCCUCAGGGUAAGAGAGGAAGUAACACUGCCAGAGGCAACGUCGGGAAUCAAUAG